UUUUUUUUCCUCUUUUAAUUUAGCGUCAAACUUGAUGCUUACUCUCACAUUGAUUACAGUUGGCAGUAAAGAAGCCCACGGCGGGUCACUGCGGUGAAUUCCCCGCUGAGGGGGGGGGGGGGGGGAUCUGAACUUCCAGCGUGGAUAAAGCCCUGUUUUCCUCUAGUUAAGUGUGAAAGUAGCACAGGUUGGAGUUGAGGUUUGACAGUCCCCGUCCUUUUACGCAGGCAGGGGAGAGGACAGCCCUGCUCUCCCCUAUUUUCAAAACACAGACCUUCACCACAUUUAACCCAUGAAAGCUUUGGUGGAUCGUAGGAAGCUUGAAGAGCUGUUCAACAGAUACAAAGAUCCCCAAGAUGAGAAUAAGAUAGGUAUCGAUGGGAUCCAGAAGUUCUGUGAUGACCUGGCUCUGGACCCAGCAAGUAUCUCCAUACUUGUGGUGGCUUGGAAGUUCAGAGCCGCCACUCAGUGUGAGUUCAGCAAGAAGGAGUUCAUUGAAGGCAUGGUGGACCUGGGCUGUGAUAGCACAAAGACUCUUAUAGCCACUCUUCCUAAACUAGAGCAAGAGCUGAAAGAAGCAGGAAAGUUUAAAGACUUCUAUCAGUUUACCUUCAGUUUUGCAAAGAACCCAGGCCAGAAAGGUUUAGAUCUAGACAUGGCUAUACCUUAUUGGAAUCUAGUACUCAAAGGCAGAUUUAAGUUCUUGGAUCUUUGGAAUCGCUUCCUGCUGGAGCACCACAAACGAUCGAUCGCUAAAGACACGUGGAACCUCCUCCUGGACUUCAGCAACAUGAUUGAAGAGGAUAUGUCCAACUAUGAUGAGGAAGGGGCCUGGCCUGUCCUCAUUGAUGAUUUUGUGGAGUUCGCCCGUCCAAUUGUUACCAGAAAUAAACACAAAAUGACAUAACACUUGAA